CAGACAAGCUCACACCCGCUCCCUCACUCGCACACACAGACACGCGCGCACACAAGCUCCGCGCACACACUCCACUCUCUCCCGCGCGCUCACACCCCUCUCGCCCUGCGCCCUCGCGGGUGCAGAGCCGCGCGGCAGCCGGACGCCCCUCCCGGACUCACUUUGCAACGCUGACAGCGCCGGCGGUGGCCUUGGAGGUGGGAACUGCGGCGGCAUCCUCCCCCCUGGUCGCGGCCGGAGCCAGGACGCCAGCGGAACCCCUCGCCGGCACUCUCCCAUGAGUCGGGAUCGCAGCAUCCCCUGCCAGACGCUCGCCACCUCUGGGAGCCGCUGGGCUUGUACACAGCAGCCCUUCCGGGACAGCAGCUGUGACUCCCCCCCCAGUACCGAUUUCGGGGCAGCUCUCUAGAAACUCGCUCUAAAGACGGAACCGCCACAGCACUCAAAGCCUACUGCGGAAGAGCGCAGUCCGGCAAGCCCCGGCCCUGAGCCUGGACCCUCAGCGGAGCCAGGCAGCAGCACUGCCACCGCUUCGCCUCGCCGGACGUCCCCGCCGCCUACCCUCUCAGCCUCCGCUGGAGAGACCCACAGCCCCACCAUUCAGCGCGCAAGAUAUCCUCCAGAUAUGCCCUGCGUGCAAGCCCAAUAUAGCCCUUCGCCUCCAGGUUCCAGUUAUGCAGUGCAGACCUACGGCUCGGAAUACACCACGGAGAUUAUGAACCCCGACUACGCCAAGCUGACCAUGGACCUUGGCAGCACUGAGAUCACGGCCACCGCCACCACGUCCCUGCCCAGCUUCAGUACCUUCAUGGAAGGCUACUCGAGCAACUACGAACUCAAGCCCUCCUGCCUGUACCAAAUGCAGCCGUCCGGGCCGCGGCCCUUGAUCAAGAUGGAGGAGGGCCGCGCGCACGACUACCACCAUCACCAUCAUCACCACCAUCACCACCACCAGCAGCAGCCGCAGCCACAGCCGCAGCAGCCGUCCAUUCCGCCCCCGUCCGGCCCGGAGGACGAGGUGCUGCCCAGCACCUCCAUGUACUUCAAGCAGUCCCCGCCAUCCACACCCACCACACCGGGCUUCCCCCCGCAGGCGGGGGCGCUGUGGGACGACGCGCUGCCCUCGGCGCAGGGAUGCAUCGCUCCCGGCCCGCUGCUCGACCCGCCGAUGAAGGCCGUGCCCACCGUGGCCGCGCGCUUCCCGCUCUUCCACUUCAAGCCCUCGCCGCCGCACCCGCCCGCCCCCAGCCCGGCAGGCGGCCACCACCUGGGCUACGACCCGACGGCCGCCGCCGCGCUCAGCCUGCCGCUGGGAGCCGCCGCCGCCGCCGCCAGCAGCCAGGCCGCCGCGCUCGAGGGCCACCCGUACGGGCUGCCGCUGGCCAAGAGGGCGGCCGCGCUGGCCUUCCCGCCGCUCGGCCUCACGGCCUCCCCCACCGCGUCCAGCCUGCUGGGCGAGAGCCCCAGCCUGCCGUCGCCGCCCAACAGGAGCUCGUCGUCGGGGGAGGGCACGUGCGCCGUGUGUGGGGACAACGCCGCCUGCCAGCACUACGGGGUGCGCACCUGCGAGGGCUGCAAGGGCUUCUUCAAGAGAACGGUUCAGAAAAAUGCAAAAUAUGUUUGCCUGGCAAAUAAAAACUGCCCUGUAGACAAGAGACGUCGAAACCGAUGUCAGUACUGUCGAUUUCAGAAGUGUCUCAGUGUUGGCAUGGUUAAAGAAGUUGUCCGUACAGAUAGUCUGAAAGGGAGGAGAGGUCGGCUGCCUUCCAAACCAAAGAGCCCAUUACAGCAGGAACCUUCUCAGCCCUCCCCACCUUCUCCUCCGAUCUGUAUGAUGAAUGCCCUUGUCCGAGCUUUAACAGACUCAACACCCAGAGAUCUCGAUUACUCCAGAUACUGUCCCGCCGAACAGGCUGCUGCAGGAACUGAUGCUGAGCACGUGCAACAGUUCUACAAUCUCCUGACAGCCUCCAUUGAUGUGUCCAGAAGCUGGGCAGAAAAGAUUCCUGGAUUUACUGAUCUCCCCAAAGAAGAUCAGACAUUACUUAUAGAAUCAGCCUUUUUGGAGCUGUUUGUUCUCAGACUUUCCAUCAGGUCGAACACUGCUGAAGAUAAGUUUGUGUUCUGCAAUGGACUUGUCCUGCAUCGACUUCAGUGCCUUCGUGGAUUUGGGGAGUGGCUCGACUCCAUUAAAGACUUUUCCUUAAGUUUGCAGAGCCUGAACCUUGAUAUCCAAGCCUUAGCAUGCCUGUCAGCACUGAGCAUGAUCACAGAACGACAUGGGUUAAAAGAACCAAAGAGAGUGGAGGAGCUAUGCAACAAGAUCACAAGCAGCUUGAAAGACCACCAGAGUAAGGGACAGGCUUUGGAGCCCAGUGAGCCCAAAGUCCUGGGUGCGCUGGUAGAACUGCGCAAGAUCUGCACCCUGGGCCUCCAGCGCAUCUUCUACCUGAAGCUGGAAGACUUGGUGUCUCCACCUUCCAUCAUCGACAAGCUCUUCCUGGACACCCUGCCUUUCUGAACGGGAGCAGCCGGAGCAGGGAGCCACCUCAGUGGCCAGCACCUACUUGCUAAGCAGCAGAGGAAUGGGUCUGGACACCUACCAUUUUCUGUCCUUCCUUAAGAGAAAAAGCAGCUCCUGUCGAAAAGACUUUUUUUUUUUCUUUCUGGCACUUUUCCUUACAACCUAAAGCCAGAAAACUUGCAGAGUAUUGUGUUGGGGUU